CCCUCAGGCGCGCGCCCCGGCGCCCUCCUCCUCCCGCCGCUGCCUAGCGCCCUCGCGCCCCCUCCCGCUGUCCGCGCACGCGCGCCCGUUCCUGGCCGGGCUCCUCCGCCUCAGUCGGUGUCAGACGCUCCCACGGCCGGAGCUACCAGAGCCGCGUCGGGCCCCGGCGCUGGGGAAGAGCUGAGAGGAGAGUAGCAGAGCUGUGGAAGGAGAGAGGGAGAGAGGGAGGGAGAGACCGACAGAAACGGAGAGAGAAAUAGGGAGAGCCGGAGCAUGGACGUGCCGCCGCGCCUCGACCCUGCCCUGGGCAGCCCGGCCAGCCCGUGCGAGGACGUGAUCAAGAACCUGAGCCUGGAGGCCAUACAGCUGUGCGAGCGCGAUGGAAACAAGUCACAAGAUAGUGGCAUAGCAGAAAUGGAGGAGCUUCCAGUUCCACACAACAUCAAAAUUAGUAAUAUCACAUGUGAUUCUUUCAAGAUUUCAUGGGAAAUGGAUUCAAAAUCAAAGGAUCGGAUCACACACUAUUUCAUUGACCUGAACAAGAAAGAGAAUAAAAAUUCCAACAAAUUUAAACACAAGGAUGUUCCCACAAAAUUGGUGGCCAAAGCCGUCCCACUGCCUAUGACUGUGCGUGGACACUGGUUCCUGAGCCCGAGGACUGAGUACACGGUUGCUGUCCAGACAGCCUCGAAGCAGGUGGAUGGAGAUUAUGUUGUGUCUGAGUGGAGUGAAAUCAUCGAAUUCUGUACUGCAGAUUAUUCAAAAGUUCACUUAACACAACUCUUGGAAAAGGCCGAAGUGAUCGCAGGACGUAUGCUUAAAUUUACUGUUUUUUAUCGUAAUCAGCACAAAGACUACUUUGACUACAUCCGGGAGCAGCACGGGAGCGCCAUGCAGCCGUCGGUGAAGGACAACAGCGGCAGCCACGGCUCGCCCAUCAGCGGGAAGCUCGAGGGCAUCUUCUUCAGCUGCAGCACCGAGUUCAACACGGGCAAGCCGCCCCAGGACUCCCCCUACGGGAGGUACCGCUUCGAGGUGGCGGCCGAGAGACUCUUUAACCCCAACACCAACCUGUACUUCGGGGACUUCUACUGCAUGUACACGGCCUACCACUACGUGAUCCUGGUCCUGGCCCCGGUGGGCUCGGCCGGCGACGAGUUCUGCAAGCAGCGGCUCCCGCAGCUCAACUCCAAGGAGAACAAGUUCCUGACCUGCACCGAGGAGGACGGCGCGCUGGUCUACCACCACGCCCAGGACGUCAUCCUGGAGGUGAUCUACACCGACCCGGUGCCGCUGGCGCUGGGCACCGUGGCCGAGAUCACCGGGCACCAGCUCAUGAGCCUGUCCACGGCCAACGCCAAGAAGGACCCCAGCUGCAAGACGUGCAACAUCAGCGUGGGGCGCUAGAGCCCCGCCCUGCCGCCCAGGCCACGCCCCCGCUGGCGCCGGCCUCUAGGAUAGCCUUUUCAGUUUCCCACCUCCCCCCCCCCCCCCCCCCCCGCGCCCACGUGAUAGAAGAGCCGCGCGUUCCUCGGGCGCCGCUGCCGCCCGCCAUUGCCUAGAUGCUGCAAUGUCUCUUCCUGAUCCUUUCUGCUGAACGUAACAAAAUGAAUCUAUAGGCAGCUUAGCAAAUACAAAAUAAUGGCUUAUCGAUGUUGUUUCAAUAUGCAUUCAUUUUAAUCUACUGAGCCGACCCGGGAUAACUCCAACAGCAUGAGCGGUUGUAACUGCAGCAUGAGUUCCAAACCUUGAAGCCUAGAAUUGUCAGCACUUCCAGCGCGUUGUUUGACAGUGUUAUUUAUGUUAUUUAUAUUAGCUAACAGGAAACAACUAGUGUGUUUCAACAUAAUAAAUAUAAUAGAAAAAUA